GGAAGAGCUGACAGAAAUCAUUGCUCAAGAACUACACAUAGAUGUUGCAUUUCCUUGCUUUUCUGUUAAAGAACAGUAUGGCUCUACUGCAUGUUGUGUGGUCCAUAAACACUGGCUUACUAGCCUGAGGCAAUCCAAGCUUGGUGAAAUCACCAAAAUCAACAAAUACGUCGCCACUCGUUCUUCCUUAAAUAAUAAUUCAGAUCAAACUAACGAUCAUCAAACUUCGACGACCAAUGUACUAGUUAGUGUGUAUUUAAAGCGAUACUCAUCAGACUCCAAAAAUAGUAAACCGCAGUUAUAUGCUCGGAAUCCAUCUGACAGCAGCAUUAAUUACGCUUCAUCUAAUUUUAAUGAGCGAACUGACUUACCUUUAAGGUAUUUCCUUAAAGAACAACUUGAAGGAAAACCAAUACUUUUGGCUGAUAUUGAGGAACAAUACAAUAAUUAUACGCCUAUAUUCUCCAAUAAUGACUUUCAAAAUCCUGAAAAUUUGUCUGAAUUGGAAGUUGAACUGGCUAGGCAAAAAGCAUUUGUGAAAAAAUUUAUAGAAACAUUAUAUCCUGAGAGUGCUUAUUUUCGAAUUGUAUCGCAACCUGAAAGUGAUAGUGAAAAUGAUGGUGAUACUUUAUUUGUAGAAGCUGUUUCUCAACCUGACUGGUCCUCAGAUAUGCCUAUAACGACGAGUCCAAACAUUAUCGAUGUUUUUGCUGUAUUGGAAUCUGAGCAUGCAUAUUAUUUCAUGGCUCCAUAUCGUGGCACUACUUUAGAAGACUUAUUAAAAUAUAGUUCUGGCGCAUUGAAUUCUAAUGUAAAAAAAUCUUUUAUCCUAUAUCAAUUACUAAGAACUGUUCAGAGUCUUCAUAUGAAAGGUGUUAUUCAUGGAGGACUUAAGCCAUCUAACAUUCUUGUGGAUGAAAAUUUAUGGGUAACGCUUACAGGAUUUGAAUGCUCCAUUCUAAGAACUGAAAAUAUACCGGAUAAGACAAAUCAGUAUAUGAGUAAUGAGUUUGCUUUAGAAAAUAUUCCAAAGGAAAUUCAAGAUGAAUCUCUCACAAUGAAGUGGGUGCAUGGAAGCAUAUCAAAUUUUGAUUAUAUAAUGGCAUUGAACCAUCUCGCUGGCCGAAGAAUUGGUGACCCAAAUUUUCAUCCAAUUUUUCCUUGGAUUACCGAUUUCACCGGUGCAUCUGUUUCUGAAAAUUGGCAUGUGAAAAUUAACAACACUUUUAUUAUAGGUGAUGAGCAAUUGGAUUUUACAUAUGAUGGUCCAGUGCCUCAUCAUAUCACCGAUAUUUUAUCUGAUAUCACUUAUUAUGUGUAUCUUGCUCGAAAAACUCCCAUUCCGGUGCUAUGUCAAUAUGUAAGAACGAAAUAUGAACCGAAUGAAUAUCCAUCCUCAUUACAAAGAUUGUUCGAAUGGACUCCUGAUGAAUGUCAACCAUUAAAGUAUUAUUUAGAUCCAAGUAUUUUUACUUCAAUACAUCCGGACAUGCCAGAUUUACAACUUCCAAUGUGGGCUUCUUCUGCUGAAGAGUUUAUACGCAUUCAUUCGGAAGCUUUUGAAAGCGAGCAUGUAUCGAGAAAUUUACAUAUUUGGAUUGAUUUGACAUUCGGGUGUGCUGACGCGAUUGAAGCAAAAAAUGUUGCAUUACCGCUUUUGGAUGGACAAAAUUCUUUUAUGAAGCACGGGAUCACUCAACUUUUUUCGGAUCCUCACCCACAGAAAAUUGUGACAUACGAUAGCAAUAAAAUACCUUCUGUGAAUAUUAAUGACAAUAUGGCGUUGCUAGAAAAAUAUGAAAUCGUCUCGAGUAAAAGGCGAAUACAAUUCAAACCUACCGAUUCGAAUAAACAAUUAUCUGAUGUUGUGGCAGAUUUGUUGGGAUCAGAAAAGACCAUAGGAAAAUAUCAGACCGUAUCUUCACGAUUAAAAUCACCCAAAUUAGCUCCUACUUCAAAGCUGCAUGAAGCUGUUCCAUUCGAUGAGAAGGAUCCGAAAGACCCCAUUGCUCGUGUUGAAGCAUUAUCUGCAUAUAUUAAUUCUUUCCCAAUACAUUUACCGGAUGAUAUCGAUGAUGAACAUUUUAUCGAAAGUUUGAACAAUUUUGAACAAGCACACUCUUUUUCUGCAAAAUACCUUCCUCAUAAAUAUAUAAAAAAUGAACAUUUUGGUGAUAUUCAGAGUAAUAAAACAUAUUUUCGGAAACAAAGCGCAAUAAAUGAAGCAGUUGAGUCAUCUUUUGCGUAUGGAAGAGCAUGGGAUGCUUAUUGUCUUGGAGAAAUCAUUCAAAAUAUACAUUCCGCUGUGAAAAAUGAUGCUGGAAUGUCAACCCUUUCAGCACAUCAACAUCAGAAUGAUGUAUAUCCAAAUGAUUUUUGUAAGUUACCCCUUUCCGUGCAAAAAGUUGUGUCAUCAUUAAUGUCUCCAAAUUGGAAACAACGUCCUUCGAUCGAUGCUUUGCUUUAUUCAUCCGUUCCUGUUCUGGGUUUAUAUGAUGAGGGUUUAACCUUACCAUUGCCGGAAUGUGUUCCUGAAAUCUAUGAAUUCUUGACCGAUUUUCAUAGGGUAGACUGGAUUGGCAGAUUAAAACUUACAGAACAUUGGAUGGAAAGACUUUGCAGUCUUAUCGAUGAGGCUUUUUUCAUGAUUUUACCAAGCAUAGUGUUAAUGUUUACAGUUGAUAUUAUAAAAAUUGAAGCACUGAAUAUUUUUUCAAGUCUCGGACGAAGAUUGGGUCAAGAUGACACAAAGACUUACCUUUUGAAACCAAUAAUUUCUUUAUUUGAAUCAUCACGUCCGUCUAUACCUAAGGCGUUAUUUCAUCCUGCCAUUGUUGCAGAAUUUGUGUACCGAUUUGGCAUUACGAAUUUCUUGCAACAACUUUUCCCUCUUUAUUUAGAAGCACUAACUGUUGAAGAUUAUAUUUCACCCUACGAUUUUAAUGACGCAAAACUUUCAGUUGUACAAAAAUCAAAUUCUGUAAGCGGUAGUAUUGCAAGCCCAGCUUCUGCACCUGACGAUCCAUCAAGCUUGGAUAAUGCAUUACCAUUAGUGGCACAGUUUGCGAAUUCUGCUUUAGUUGACAUUUGUACACUUAUAGGGCCUAUUUUGGCAUCUAAACAUAUAAUGAGACAAGUUUACAAAUUGUUACUCAAAGAAAGUUCGACAUUACCCUUUUUGAUGCAGUCAAUACUUUCAAUUGGCAACCAAUUUGGUGAAACAUUUACUCAUUUGCAAUUCACCCAAAUUAUUUCAGUGAUUCAGCAAUAUAGUUCGUUUCCUAUGAACAAGAGAAAUUAUUCUAUAUUAUGUAAUCAUUUGUUUCUCCUGGAAAAGCUCACCACAUUAAUGCCAACACCUAAAGUAUUAGCCGAAAUGGAAUCUGGAUUCUCUGAUACUUUAAUAAAACUUUUAGUUCAAUUCAAUUAUGAUGAUUCUCUUAAUCAAAACAAUAAACCUGCAGGAAAAGACUCUCUUAAAGGCACAACAAUUAAUAUAUUAAAAAAUAAAUUAUCUAUUAGUAUGAAAAGCGCAGAAUUCUUGCUGCAUGUUUGUAAUAAUGUUGAUAAAGCAGAUUGGGAGCGUAAUGUAGAAAGUUUGGGCAUGGAAGAAUUCGAGCAAGAAAGGAAUAAACAGAUUACAUAUACAUACUCACAAUUAUGCAUUCUGUUUGAUCAAGAAUCUGUACGGGAAGCUAUCCCUGCUAGUGAGGCAAUCGAGUAUGCAAUGAUUGGUUCAUCUAAAUUAAGUGCUUUAUCAUUAUCGCGGUCACCAGUGCGGUCACCACCCGAUAACCAUUUCUCCAGUGAUCGGGUUAGCAUCGCAUCAAGAUCAUCAUCUCAAGAUAAAGGUUCUAGCACCACAAAUACACCUAGAUUUAUUGUAAAUUUGGAAGAUAAAAAACAUUUAACUUUAAAUACUGGCAUCUUACCGACAAAAGAAGUUACGACUGCAAUCUCAGCUACCACUACGUCGAAUAAAACUUUUACAUUAUUUGCAGGUGAAGGUGCUAGUAGAAAACUAUAUGAUAUUAAUCAUCAAGCUGCUAGUGGGGUGUCUAUAAAAAAUGUUGCCUCAUCUGUGAAAAGUAAUAGUUUACCAAGUGCUGGAUCCGCUAAAAAAUCAAAACUGAAAGGAAUUAACCUGUCUUGGAGAACAAAAAGCUCAUCUAAUGAAGACUUAAAGAACUGGACCCGUUUUUUAUCAACAAAUUCAGAAGAAAUGUCAAAUUCAUUACAAUUUACUUUUAAUGACUUGAAGCUUCGUACUUUUUCUGGGCACUCGUCAGCUAUUCGUACCUUUGACGUUAAUGAACAUACUCGACUAAUAGCUUCUGGUUCAAAAGAUCGCACUGUAAAACUUUGGUCACUAGAUUUUCAUAAUGGAAUAGAAAAUUCUGAUAAUGAACCAUUUUCUGAAUGUUUGAUUACAUAUAACGGACAUAGAAAAUCCACAAUUACCGACGUUCAUUUUAUUAGUGGACGAGGGGGUGAAACUGGACAAAUAUUACAUCAAUAUAGAAAUGAUAGAUCUCCAUAUUUAUCUGUCAAGCCGAUAUUUAAAUCUAGAUCUCUCGUGGGUGGAUUAAAAGAUACUUCAAUCGCGUUCUUUGAUAAUACGACUUAUAGCCUUUUGUAUUCUUGGAAAUCUUGCCCUGCAUUUGCUGGUGACAUACGUGUAAUAUGUGUGAGCCCAUCUGAAACAUUAAUAGCAAUUGGAUUUAUUAGUGGAGUAAUAUCGUUACUAGAGUCAAGGACUGGUACAUUAAUUAGAAGUUGGAAAGCUGGUGACACAGAAAUAGCUCAUAUGAAAUUUUAUACAAAUAAUUAUCUUGUGUCGUGUGCACCAGCUGACCAUUUAAUUUGUAUAUGGGAUACUAGUACUGUUUCAUUGAUCAAUAAGAUCCGAGCUUCUAAAGCUGAUAAGGUUGAUGGUUUAUAUCUACCAUCAUUAGCAACAUGA